AUGGUUGCAACCGAAACACUCGAAUUCGAGGGAUGUAACUUCUUUCGCUUACGCUUGACUUAUUCAGUUUUGAGUGGACGACCUGUCAAAAUAAUUAAUAUUCGAAAAGACGAUGAUGCUCCGGGUAUCAGAGAUUUUGAAGCAAAGUUAAUUGGUCUCUUAGAAAAAGUGACAAAUGGCACCAAAGUAGAAAUUGGUCGAACCGGAACCCACGUAGUUUUCCGACCAGGAAUGAUUACGGGUGGAGUUGUUACAAUUGAUUGUGGAACAGAGCGAUGCAUUUCGUAUUUUCUCGAACCUUUGAUUCUACUUUCUCCAUUCUGUAAAGUUGCGAUGUCAAUCAAAUUGAAAGGAGUUACCAAUUCACCAGGUGAAUUAUCUGUUGAUGGAAUGAAAGCAUCAUGGCUUACCGUUUACAACAAAUUUGUUUUGAAUGACGAAAAAUUGGAUAUUAAAAUUCAAGCAAGAGGAUUGAAACCAGAAGGUGGAGGAAUUGUCACAUUCACAGCUCCAAUUGUCAAAACUUUGAGACCAGUAAAAAGGCAAAAAAUGGGAAAAGUAUGCAAAAUUCGAGGACAAGCAUUUGUAUCAAAAGUCACACCAUCAUUAGCAUAUCGAAUGAUUGAUUCAGCUAAAAAAGCAAUGCAUGGAUAUAUUUCAGAUGUUUUUAUUGCUGUUGAUCAAAGAAAAGGAGAUUCUGGAGGAUCGUAAGUUGCAAUUCUUAUAAAAUGUAAUAAUUUUAAAUGUUUUAUCAUAGGUCUCCCGGUUAUGGUUUAUUUUUGACUGCUGAAACAACUGAAGGUGUUAUAUAUCAAGCUGAAGCUAUUUCAAGACCAAAAGGCGAAUCUGGUGAUCCAAUUUUACCAGAAGAUAUUGGAACACAAGUUGGACAUUUGCUUCUUCAACAAAUCUAUUUAGGAGGUGCUUUGGAUAGCAGUGCACAAGUUUUGGCAAGUACAUUUAUGACUCUUUGCCCUAAGGAUGUUUCACAUUUUCUUUAUGGACCACUUUCGGUUUACAGGUAAUUACAAGAAUUUGAAAAUUAAUUGAUUCGAUGAAAAAUCUUUAAUAAUUUCAGUAUUCACACAUUGCGACAUAUAAAACAAUUCUUUGAAGUUGAAUUCAAAUUGGAUAGUUAUAGAAAAAUUGAAACAGAAGAUGAUGAUGAUGAAAAAAUUGGAAGUCGAGACAAAGCUAUGGUGACUGCAGUUGGUGUUGGAUACAGUAAUCUUAACAAAACAAUUUUAUGA